GCAGUAGUAUAGCGGUAGGAGUGGAGCCAGAGGCUUGUCGUCGUGCUGCUGCUUCCUGCCUUCGACCAGACUAUGAUUGUCAUCCUGAGUAUCUACACUGCAAGCGUUUCCUCGGCGAAGCAAGCAAAAAUUUAUUUGUGGCGAAGCAAGCUAGAAUUUAUUUGUGGCGAAGCAAGCUGGAAUUUAUUUGUGGUGAAGCAAGCUAGAAUUUAUUUGUGGCGAAGCAAGCUGGAAUUUAUUUGUGGUGAAGCAAGCUAGAAUUUAUUUGCACAAUCUUACUACUAGUAUUUGCCUCUACGUGACUAGAACAUAGUGGUCAGAACAGGCCGGUUAUUGGCAAGCGUCGUGCCUAGUCCGUAAAUAACGUAGUCAUGAAGGAAUGCAGCAGGUCGCUAUUUCUACCUUCAAAUGCUACAUCUGUGGAAGAGGAUAGGUUUCUAGCGCGUUCACGGAUUUAUUCAGACAUGGACUUGGAAGAAAGGUGGCUAAGGAUUUCCGGACGAGGCAGCAAGGACGACCCAAGCUCACCCAUGAAUGAGCCGGUGUCUCUUGGUGAGAGCACAAUCGAGGCUGUUGACAGUUUUACGUACCUUGGCAGUGUCAUCCAUCGGGACGGGCAGUCUUCGCAGGAUGUUCAGUCCUGUCUCGCCAAGGCUUCGCGUGUGUUCGGCAGUCUCCGUGUCCCGGCGUUUGAGAAUCGAUCGUUAUCUCUCUGCUGUCGGCACCGCGCGUACAUCGCCCUUGUGCUGACGACCCUUCUGUACGGAACAGAGACAUGGAUGCCGAAGGCACCGGACCUGCGCUCUCUCAACGCCUUUCAUCACCAGUGUGUUCACAUCAUCGUUGGCAUCUCCAGGCGGGACCAGUGGGACAACCGUGUCACCUCCAUUACCAUGGCCAGAACCCUCGGCAUUGACUGUGACGUCGCGGACAUCAUCCGGGAAUAUCGACUGCGUUGGCUUGGCCAUGUUGGCCGGAUGAACGAUGACCGUAUGCCGAAGCGAGUUUUGUUUGGGGAGCUCCCUGCAACGCGCCCUCACCAUGGUCCACGCAAGCGGUGGUGUGACGUCAUCAUGGAUGAUCUCCGCUCCAUCAGCCCUCCUGUGCCUUCUGACUGCUGGUUUGAUGCUGCCCAGGAUCGUUCUGCCUGGAGGCAGGUUGCUCAUCGUCGUCCUCCCGCCCGUGCUCCCCCUGAUCCUGACUCUGGCUUCCACUGCGCAUGUGGGAAGGUCUGCCGUCGUCCCGGGGAUCUCAAGCGCCACGCUCCGUACUGUAAAGCUAACAGUUAGUCCCUUCGCUAUCUUGCCAUCGGCAAUGGGCACGUUCAAGGUUCAAGACUUGGUGUACGGUUGGCUCAUCUUAUAGUCUAGCUGACAAACUUCAAUCAGUGCCUUCGCAGGGAACAUCUCCUCUCGCAGAGAGAGUCCUUCUAGACCAGAGCUUGCCUGUGAAAAUCGUCUCGUCUACCAUUCCAAGCGAUGAACAUGGCUUCAUAGCGUGUUUUGUAUCGUCUUUGCAAGUCACAAUUACACUUACUGUGGUGUGACAGAAUGCUACGGUUGCACACAUCCAGUUGCAGCUCAAGCCAGAGAGCAGCCAGCAUUCUGCUGGUGUAUGUGAGCAACGGUUGCUGUUGGAAUUGUCCAUUGCAGAGAACAGCUUUCCUGACCUGCCGUAUGUCACGUGAUCCAGUCCGUGCAGCCGCCAGACCUGUGUUGAUGGAUGCAGCAGCUGUCCUGCAUUGUGACUAUAGACCUUUGAGGGUAUCAUGGAUAUGGAUUCUGCUCCUGCAAUAUUGCCCGUGAUCAUGAUGAUGGCCGCCUAGUAGCUAGCCCAGCAGAUGUAUCAGACCGAGCAGAUACAGCAGCUGAGCUAGCCAUAGCUACCACUGCAACAGACUCAGCAGGAAGAGCAGUUGCCGUUGCAGCUAACACUGCAGCAGAGACAGUGACAAGA